GAAGGAUUUUCUCAUCUUCACGUCCAUAAAAGCCUGUUCUGUAGCUUGACAUGAUGCUUUGAGAGUGUCCAAGUCAUGCAGCCGGAGCACAGUAAGCAAGGUAUUGAGCUGGUAUCCAUUAAAACCUUGAAAAAGCAGGAAAUCCCACAAGAACACUGUUAUGGACAAUGUAGACCAGUCACAGAGUUUGAAAAACUCAAUCGAAUCGGAGAAGGAACUUAUGGUGUGGUUUACCGUGCUCGUGACACUGUUUCAAACAAAAUAGUUGCACUGAAAAAAGUAAGAAUGGAGAGAGAAAAAGAUGGCAUACCUCUCAGUGGAUUGAGGGAAAUAAGUCUUCUGUUAAAUCUGGAACACAAGAAUAUUGUGAAGCUCAUGGAGGUAGUUGUGGGAAAACACUUAGACAGUAUUUUUCUUGUCAUGGAAUACUGUGAGCAAGAUUUGGCAAGCUUACUAGAUAACAUGACAUCUCCUUUCCAAGAAUCACAGAUCAAGUGUUUGAUGUUACAGCUAUUCCAUGGAGUACAGUACCUUCAUGAGAAGUUUAUUGUGCAUAGAGAUUUGAAAGUAUCAAAUCUAUUGCUGACUGGGAAAGGAACCCUUAAGAUUGCCGACUUUGGUCUGGCCCGCACAUUUGGUUACCCAUACAAGGCCAUGACCCCGAUUGUGGUGACCCUGUGGUAUCGUGCACCAGAGCUCCUUCUUGGCUCCAAAGUACAAACCACAGCUGUGGAUAUGUGGGCUGUGGGCUGUAUUUUUGGUGAGCUCCUUGACAAUAAGCCCCUUAUGACUGGAAGAUCAGAGAUCAACCAGUUUCAGCUCAUCGUGGAUCUACUUGGAACACCAAGCGACCAGAUUUGGCCAGGAUUCACGAGCCUCCCUGGAGCCAAGUCCAUAAACUUCAAACGCCAGCCUUAUAAUAAUCUGAAACACAAGUUCUCGUGGUUGAGUCCCGCGGGACUGACUCUAAUAAAUCAUUUAUUAAUGUACGACCCGUGUAAAAGAGCCUCAGCGGCCGACUGUUUGCAGAACUCGUAUUUUGUCGAAAAACCACUCCCGGUGCAACCGGAUAUGAUGCCAACUUUUCCUGAGCACCGGAACCGGAACUACAAUAAGAGGCCGUCUGAUCAUCGUGUUGGAGAGAAGCGGCCUGUUCCACACGAGACAGAGUAUGAGUUCCGAAGAGGGUUCGCUGAUUUUGGGCCUCACUUGCCUCAAAAAAAGAAAAAGAAAUGAAACUGCUGAGAACUUUUUGGUUGCUCAUUAAAUAUCAACUUUGCAUUUGCCUCACGGUGUUCUAUGAAAAGCAAAGUGGCUUGCUCAUUCAGCUUGGCGUCAACGACACUUGAUCGGUAUGUCAAGCAGCCGCGUAUAUUUAUGCUAUCUACCUUUAGCAUGAUGACCUAAAAAUAACAACAUGGAAGCUACAGCAACUUGUCGCAAAAACUGACUUUAAUGGCUCUGAGAAAUUAUCAGAAUGACUAAGACUUAGAAAGGCAAUAUUAAAAUUGUUGGUUUUGUUAAAGCAAAGGCUGAGGUUUUGUCCCGUAAAACAGUUUUGCAUAUUGAUGUGUUUAUUUCAAUAAUUUCUCAAAAAAUUUUGGUAAAUUCUCAAGAAAAAAAAAGCGGCAGAAAAAACGACACAAACAAGCACCAGAGUCUUCAGGGCAUAGCUGUAACUAAAAUACUCUGAAAUACAAUACUGUGAUCUGAGAGUGAAUAUUUAGACAAGAUUAUUAUCAGGCUUAAGUCCUCAGAAAAAUAAUAUUAUUUAGGGUGGGCAUCAAAACUAUGCACUCUAUUAUAGCAUGAAAGUGGACGAAAGUGUAUCUUGAAGUUAAAAACAAAAUAUGUGUUGGUUCCUUAAAGGAAACUAGUUAGACGAUUUCAAAAACAUUUGUAAACAGCUUCAUGUGGACCUAGCAACUUUGCUAUGGCAAUGACAGAAUCAUUUAAGCAUCUACCACGGAGUUGACUGAGUGGGUGUUUGAUCUGAAAGAGCAUUUUGGUGUCAAUAUUGAUAAUAUGAUUUCAGGCUUCACUGCGUUACGUAUUCUUGGAAUAUCACAAUAUUGAGUGGUCGUCGUCACUUUUUAAACGCUGGCACAAGAAUACUCUGCUUGAACUAAGUCUUGUUUCGAUAGAUUUCAAAAAAUGUUUAAGGCAUCUGUAUGGGAACUCGCAUUAUUUCAGUAGAAGCAUCACAUGAUCAUUAAGUGGACUAGCUAUGGUCGUAUCAAAACUUAUGAACGAAGUAGCCUCGGCAAUAUUUAAGCGCAAUUUACAGUCUUGUAAAUUUUUGUUUACAAAAAUGAUGUACUUGCAGCAAGCAAACGACAUCUUCGCUUGAGCUGAAGCUUUUAAGAUUACAUAACAAGGAUAGGAAAUCUCGAUUAAAUGAUAACAUUACAUCGUCAAAAUAACGAAAUUUGCAACUGGCUGAAGUCCCAAAAAGUGUUCCUUUGGAUGUUUAUGACAGCAAGAUUUUUAAACGUUAAUGUAGUUUAGACAUUUCGAAACAACGGUAGUCAAAAAUUUUUUUCUUAACUUCUUCAGUCACAUGACCAAUAUUUCUGUGCUAUUUUAAGAUUUUCAUUUAUGAUAACUUAGUUUUAUGAUGCGAGAUUCUAGUGCAUUGUCACGUUCUCUUUCUCUCUUGUUUUGUUGUAUGGUUUUCAAGUUUUGAAGUAAUAGUGGUCAAGUUUUCCACCUCUAUACAUCUGUUCAAUCAGGCAAAAAGAUAUUUUGCGCGAUUUCAGAGCCUGAUUUGAACUGUGAUAAAACUUUGUGGUGUUAUCCAAGUCAUGAGUUUCGAAUAACAAUCUCUUCUCUUUUCCUCGAACAUGGUCUCUUUAAUAAUCCAAAAGCUCGAUUGUUCUUCAAAAAUUUCAAUUGAUAGCUGUAGCGGAACAGAUAGAGGUCUUUACGGUUAGGUUUUUUCCGUUACGAUGCCGAAUGGCUUCAUGGGUUAUGCUUGUGUACCCUGUUUUCAAGUCAAGAAUCAAAUGCUCCUCGUUGUUGUGGUUUGCUUCCGCCGGUGAAAAAGGAGAAUCCAGCAAUGUGCACAUCCAUUCUAGCUCCUUAGUAUCAUCACUUCCAGGCAAAGAUACUUCCACCAAACAAUUAUUUCUCAUCGAACGGUUUGGAGUGUCGCUUAUACCCUUUUGUGCCCUUGUG